AUGGCGGGCAACGUCGAGUACGACCCUGAAAAGGGCAUUGAACCGGUCACGAGCCGAGGUGCCGUCGAUGAGAAAGGCCGCAAAGCCUCUAUAACAGGACGGAAGUCGUCUGUCGCCGAGUCCAUCAUCGCGGCAGACCUGCUUGAUGAACGAUAUGAGACCACUCACCGUGGUCUGAAGAGCAGACAUGCUCAAAUGAUCGCCCUAGGCGGAACUAUUGGUACUGGUCUCUUCGUUGGUUCCGGUCAGACGCUUGCUCUCGGUGGUCCCGCCUUCAUAUUGGCAGCCUACGUGCUCAUGACCUUCCUGGUAUAUUGCGUCGUGACUGCCAUCACCGAGGUAGCCGCCUACCUGCCCGUCCACGGCGGGACCAUGUCUUACUAUGGGUACCGAUAUGUUUCUCGCUCUAUGGGCUUUGCUUUGGGUUAUCUCUACUGGUAUGCCCUGGGCAUUCUUGUCCCCUACGAAAUCACCGCAGCCGGUCUCGUCAUCGACUACUGGCCCAACAACGUCAAUAUCGCCGUCUGGAUGACAAUUAUGCUGGUUGUCAUCAUCGGUCUGAACUUCCUCCCGGUCAGAUUCUAUGGCGAGACGGAGUUCUGGUUCGCCGGGACAAAGGUCAUCUUGAUGACUGGCCUCCUCAUCCUCAGCUUCAUCCUCUUUUGGGGCGGCGGACCUACCCAUGAUCGUCUAGGAUUCAGGUACUGGAACGAUCCGGGCGCAGCACAUCCUUAUAUCGUCGGAGGCAACACAGGUCGCUUUAUCUCCUUCUGGGAAACUGUCGUCCUGUCCGUCUUCCCUUUCACCUUUGCUCCGGAACUCCUGGUGGUGACGGGUGGAGAAAUGGAAUCACCACGGCGGAACCUACCUCUUGCCUCCAAGCGCUACUUUUACCGCCUGGUUAUCUUCUACGUUCUCAGCGUCCUGGCGAUCGGCGUGACCUGCCCCAGCAACGAUCCACGCCUGACCAACGGCGGAGCUGGUGCAAAAUCUUCACCUUUCGUCGUCGCCGUCGCCAAUGCCGGAAUCCACACUCUCCCAUCCAUCGUCAACGCCGUGAUCCUUAUCUCGGCCUGGUCGUCUGGCAACUCCUUCCUCUACAUCUCUUCUCGCGCGCUUUAUUCGCUUGCCGUCCAAGGUUCCGCUCCCCGAAUCUUCAAGGCAUGCAAUCGCUGGGGCGUUCCCUACAUGGCGGUGGGCUGUUCCUCCCUAUUUUGUGGUCUUGCAUACCUCAACGUCGCUUCCUCUGGUUCUACGGUGUUUAACUGGUUCGUGAACCUAACGAACACAUGGGGCAUGAUUUCAUGGGUUUGCUGUAUGAUCAUCUAUAUACGCUUCCGAAAGGCCUGCAAGGCGCAAGGAAUCCAACCCAUCUACCGCAACUGGAUUCAACCCUAUGGCGCCUGGAUCGCGAUGGUCGCAUUCACCAUCCUCUGCCUUAUCAACGGCUUUACCGUCUUCUUCCCCAGCAAAUGGUCGGCCUCUUCAUUCUUGACCGCCUACAUAGGAAUCCCCAUCUUCGUUGUCAUGUACGUCGGGCAUCGCAUCGUGUUCUGGCGGGAUAGGUGGAGCUGGGAUCCGAUGGAGGUGGACAUGAAGACGGGCUUGCAGGAGGUCAUUGAUGCGGAGAGACCACUCAAGAAGAGGAAAGGUCUUGCAAGGAUUUGCAUGAUCAUCGAAUAG